GAAGAAAAGGAAAGAUUCGCUUCAAGCAUCAGUACUCGAUCGAUCCAUUUUAUAAUCUUUGCAAAUUAUCGAUUCAGCAAGUGUGUUUUUUCGAAACACUAUUUUGGUACUUACAGAUAAAAAUGGUAGUCGCUAUGUCAUCAAUGCUCGCGAUAGCUUCAGCGAUCUUUAUACUCGCGUUUAUCUUACUGUACUACGUGCAAAGAUUUCGUCUUUACAAAGAAUCCGCCAAAUUUCCUGGACCUCCAAAUUUGCCAUUUAUCGGUAGUGCUCAUUAUUUCAUGGGAAGCACUCAGGAUAUCUUAAAUAAGUGUCAAUAUUUACUGGAAACUUAUCCUUCGCCGUUUCGCGUUUGGUUGGCCGGCCGAUUGUUUUACGUCGCCUACGAUCCCGAACAGCUCAAGACGAUAUUCCUAAGCCCAAAAACCAUCGAAAAGGAAGAUCUGUACAAAUUUGCAAGGCCUUGGUUGGGGACCGGAUUGUUCACGGCGUCAGCUUCCAAGUGGAGAAUCCAUCGAAAACUGAUAAUGCCAACUUUCAAUCCGCGAAUCCUCGAGUCUUUCGUCGAAGUAUUCUCCGUGCAAUCAGAAAUAAUGGUCAGAGAGAUGGAGGUUGAAGUGAACGGAGGCGAAUUUGACAUAUUCCACUACGUAUCGCUUUGCACUCUCGACAUCAUUUGCGAAACCGCAAUGGGUGUAUCAUCGAAUGCACAGACUCAAAGGAACUCGGCUUAUGUGCAAGCAGCUAAACAACUCUUCGAAAUAAUAUACUCGAGAAUGUUCAAAAUUUGGCUUCAUCCGGAUUUCAUAUUUAACAAUACCAAACUCGGUAAAAAUAUGCACGAGUGCAUCAAAUACGUUCAUGGACUCACAGACGAUGUGAUCAAACGAAAAAAAUUGGCUUUGAAAAAUAAUGAAAACCACGGAACUUUGCCUUCCACUGAAGUGAAAAGAAAAGCUUUCCUAGAUUUACUGAUGGAGUUAUCCCACGAGGGAGCGAAAUUUACGGACGAAGAGUUGCGAGAAGAAGUCGACACGAUGAUGAUUGCCGGAAACGACACAACUGCUACAGUCAAUUGCUUCGUUAUGUUAAUGCUGGCCAGUCAUCCAGAAAUUCAAGCCAAAGUGUACGAGGAAUUACGUGAAAUUUACGGAAGUGAAGAUCCCUGCGCAGCACCGGUCAAAUACGAAGAUCUGUAUAGGAUGGAAUAUACGGAGCGUGUUAUUAAGGAGACAAUGCGAAUAUUCCCAGUGGGUCCACUUCUCGUUCGCCGGGUUACCGAUGAUCUUAAUAUAGGGGAAUUUACCUUGACGAAAGGUAGCUCAGUGGUUUUAGGUAUAAUCAAAACUCAUCGUAACGAAGAAAUUUGGAAAGACCCGAUGACUUUUAAUCCGGAUAGAUUUUUGCCCGAAGAGUGUGCCAAACGACAUCCUUAUGCUUAUAUACCUUUCAGCGCUGGACCUAGAAAUUGCUUGGGCAUAAAAUACGCAAUGCUGGCAAUGAAAGUUUUGCUAGCGACAGUAGUCCGAAAAUAUAUAAUAAAGAAGGAUAAUGUCCUGCCGAUUCAGGACAUCAAGUUGAAGGCCGACAUUAUGUUGAAGCCAGUUGACGUGAUAAAGAUUAGAAUAGAAAGGAGAAUCAAUGAGAACAAUAAAGUAGAUUAACAAAAUCUACUUUCGCUUUGUUUGUUUUUCGUUUGUUGGAAAGCUUGCAUUUUUCUUUUAUGCGUGAUUUGUUAGUUUUGGAUACUUGUGAAAUAUUCAUAUGUGGUAUUAAAACAUAUGUUUGUUUCACAUAAUUUUCCAAUAAUAUAAGAUUCAAAGUGUAAUAGAUAAAUGUAGCUUUUGAUGUAGAUUAACAGCAUUUAAAUGUCAAAAAAUAAAGAUUACCGAUAAUUAUUAUCAUGUGCUCUCAACAAAAUUCUAAUUCUAUCUGUACCCAUAUGCUUUAACAUUCCGAAAUUAUUCUUUAUAAUUUAUUAUAAGAUGCUUCUGCUGUUACAGGAAUAGAAUACGCUACGAUCAAUAAAAGUUUUUGCUAGCGGAAAACUUCCUUGAGUACGUAAUAAAAAAAAGAUUAAGCUUAUUAAGCGAAAAGAUAGAAAUUAGAUCAGAAAUAACAUUUUAUCGGAAUAGCAAGAUAGAUUGAAUUACAGUAAGUUUGUUUUUAGAAAAAAAGAAGCGUUUAACCACUGUUAUCUAUCUUUGGUAUUGUUGAAUUUUUCCGUAAUACUUUUUUUAAUAAAAAAAUAGAUUUUUGAUAACGAUAAUAUAUUUGA